UACUAAGGGCACUUGAAGGGAGCAUGAGAAGGAACAGGAAAUGAGAGCUGUGUUUUGGACAAGCACUUUUUUUCCGAGCAUACGUCCUAAACCUGGGCCCCCCGUCUCCACCAUGGACAACCUAGAGGAGGACCUGACAUGCUCCGUGUGCUACUCUCUGUUUUCUGACCCACGAGUCCUGCCUUGCUCACACACAUUCUGUAAGACCUGCCUGGACAACUUGGUCCAGGUGUCCACCAACUAUUCCAUCUGGCGUCCUCUCCGCAUGCCGAUAAAAUGCCCCAACUGUCGCAGUGUGAUGGAGCUGCCUCCGACGGGCAUUGACGCUCUGCCUACCAAUGUAUCUCUACGGGCCAUCAUCGAGAAAUACCAGAGGGACAGUGAGCCACGACCCCCCUCUUGUCAGGAGCACCACAGGCAGCCUCUGAACAUGUACUGCAUCCAGGACCGAGAGCUGAUCUGUGGGCUGUGUCUGACUGUGGGGCAGCACCAGGGCCACCCCAUAGAUGACCUGCAGGCAGCUUUCAUCAGAGAAAAACAGACCCCAUCGCUGCUGCUGGCCAGGCUCUCUGAGCACAGAUGGGCACAGGUGUGUGAGCUGGGGGAGCAGCUGGAGCAGGAGAGGGCCCGCUGUGAGAGCCUGGUGAGGCAGGACCGACAGGAAGUUAAUCAGUUCUUUCAGACGCUGGAGGCGGUGUUGGCCAGGAAGAGACAAGCCUGCCUGGAGGCUCUGGAUAAAGCAGGUGCAGAGGUGCUGCAGGCCUAUGACCCACUCAUCCACAGAGUGAAGGAGCUGCAGGAAGAACAGCUGGAUCUGGUGUCCUUGGGUUCAUCAGUAGAAGAGGAGGAUUCACCGCUGAUCUUUCUGGAGAAGUUGCAUUUGUUCAGAGAGCGGAUGGAGGAGUUUAUUAAAACCCCUCUACCCUCGGUGACAAACCUCUCCAUCACCCCACGGGCAGCAGAGUACCUUCAGCAGCAAUGGGCCUCUGUGACCAUUGGGAGCCUGGAGGAAGCACCUGUUCCCAAGGUGUGCUGCUGCGCCAGAUGUGGCAGUGUGGAGACUAAGGCUGGAGGAGAUCAGUCUGACAGCGGGGUGCAGGACCUGUGGUGUGAGCUGCAGCCCACUUCUUCUGUGGUGCUACUGGGGCUGCUGCUGCUGCUGCUGUUGGCACUGCUGUGGGUGAACCCAGUUGGUGGGGCAUCGCUGGGCUUCUCUCUCCUGUCUCGGGUCAGCCAGUUAGUCCACGGCUUGAGCAGUGAACUCAUCACAUGUGUCUGGGACACGGCAGGCUUGGCAUACACAGUGAUGCAGGCUGCUGUAGAUAGAUGGAGCUCACAACUCUCCUCAGUAGGUGAAAAAGCAUUCAAGCAACUGGCCGCCUGGUUUAAAACUCUGACAUCUCACUGAAACAGCCUCAACAGGAACCUUGAACCCUCAUCUUCUGUUUAGAAGCUGAGAAAUUCUCACCUCCCCAUUCCUGCAUUAGCAGGAAGAAGUCCAUCAAAUAUUCCUUCUCAUUCUGGAGCUGGACCCUUCCACACCGAGAAUAUGUUGCCAGUUUCAAAAUGAAACAAGGUUUUCUUUUUAUCUUCGGGUCCACACUGAACCCACAUGGUGACAGAGAAAACGGAGUGGAGCACCUCGCUCCUUUGUGCUUAGAUUUAGUGCUGAAAUGCAUUAACAGUAACAAGCACUAGUACACUAACUAUUCUGGGCUGAUUUAGUUUAAAAAAAAAAACUGAUCUAUUAGCCAGCACACGUAGAUGCUAAUGUAAACUUAAGGCUGGAUUUUACAUUUUAGCAUAAUCUCAGAGCUCCCCAGGGGUCCUAUUGCAAACCUGGGCAAAGCAUGUGAUGCGAGUCAUUUCUGUGCUUGAAACCUGCACAGGAAAUUCUAGUAGUUUUGUCAAAUCCUGUAGAAUCCUUCUGUAGUAUAUGUAGCUGUAUAUCUUUUUGUAGAUUGAACUGCAUUAUUGUCAGGUGUUGUGUUGAUCUUUAAGGUGUAUUUUGCCAGGUCCUGAUGGUUAUAUUGCUUAACAAGCAUUUUUCAUGUCACACACUAAUUGAAAAUCCUUAUGCCUCUGUUAUAAAUGGUGCCUAGAGACUGUUAUAACAUUUCCCAUCAUCCAGUGGGACAUCUCAAUAGCUUUCCCAUGAGACAGAGCUCAGCAAUGUGUAUCUUGCACACCACUGACUGGAGCAGCAGUGUCAUGUAGAUCCUGCAGCGUAGAAUCAGACAGUGCGGCGGCCUUAUAGCCUCCACAGAUCAUGUUGCAGUGAUGCUCUUACUGUGCCUUUCACCCAUCAUGCCUUUACCUCACCCCCACUUUACAGCCUUAUUGUAGUGGACUGGUGAUUCUAUCAGGACCAACAUGUCUCGCUUAGAGCAGUGCACUGAUAUGUGUUAAAAAAAAAAAA